UGACAAUAAAUCUAACAGGUUAUUUUAGAUUUAAGAAAACAAUUUCGAUGUAUUUUGAAAUAACAAUGAGCUUCUCAAAGAACAAAACUGUUCACUAGUGAUGUAACCAAACGUCGAUAGACGAUAUCGACAUCGAUAGAUGUGCACAAUAUGGCGGCGACGGAUAGCGAGUGCAUUCCUCAACUGUGUGCUGAUGAAGAGACUUAAAACAGCUGUUAGGAAGUGGCGGAGAAUGCGCCUCUUCCGUAAGAGGGAUGAUUCUAUGACGCGACAGGUGUCAACUGAUCCAGCGCCAUCGACGUCAGGAACUCCUGCGCACCAUCCAAGACCGCCGCCCGCAGAGCUAUUGCAAUUGGAACCAGACGAGGGCCAAAGACUAAGGGAACAGCAAUUACGAGCUUACGCUUUCUUCCAAUUAAGGGUACAUUUGAAGAGAGGCCAAAAUUUAAUCGCGAUGGAUAAAAAUGGCACGAGCGACCCCUACGUGAAGUUCAAGGCUGGUGGGAGGUUGCUGCAUAAGUCCAGGAUUGUGUACAGAGACCUCAACCCAGUUUGGGAUGAGUGCUUCACUGUACCUAUAGAGGAUCCUUUUCUACCGGUGCAAAUAAAGGUUUUCGACUACGACUGGGGCCUUCAAGACGACUUCAUGGGCUCGUGCCACUUAGACCUCACCGCUCUAGAGCUGGGCCGGACCCAGGACCUGGUCCUCUGUCUCCGGGACCCCAGCAAGCCGAACCAGGACAUGGGGGAGAUUGUGGUGAAUGUCACGUUGUGGCCGAAGUCGCAAGAGGAUAAAGAGCAGUAUUUACUGAAGAAUACAAGGCUGAGUGAUGUGAACAAGCGGCUGAAGGCUCAAAUAUGGAGUUCAGUCGUGACCAUCGUCCUAGUGGAAGCCAAGAACCUGCCUGCCAUGGACUUGGAUACCAGGUCCAGUGACCCUUAUUGUAAGUUUAGGUUAGGUAAUGAAAAAUAUAAAAGUAAGGUAGUAUGGAAAUCUUUGAAUCCGUCGUGGUUGGAGCAGUUCGACUUGCACCUCUACGACGAUCAGGAACAAAUAUUAGAAGUCACUGUUUGGGAUAAGGAUAAGCAAACAAAAGAUGAUUUUCUAGGAAGAUGUUCAAUAGACUUAUCGAGAUUAGAGAGAGAGAAAACACAUAAUAUACGGAAGGAUCUAGAAGAUGGGAACGGCCAGAUAUUUUUAUUGUUAACCAUUAGCGGUACAACGCAGUCAGAGACCAUUACUGACCUCAGCAGUUAUAAGGAGAACCCGAGAGACCUGGAAAUUAUUGAAAGGCGUUAUACGUGGUAUCACAUGAACGAGCAAUCAAGCGGCGUUGGUUGGCUUUGCGUGAAGGUGUAUGGUGCUAAAGGACUAGCAGCCGCGGACCUCGGAGGCAAGUCCGACCCCUUCUGCGUUCUCGAGCUGGGAAACGCGAGGCUACAGACACACACCGAGUACAAAACAUUAACACCGAAUUGGAUGAAGAUAUUCACUUUUACAGUCAAAGACAUCAGCUCCAUCCUAGAGAUCACAGUUUACGAUGAAGACCACGACCAUAAGGUAGAGUUCCUUGGGAAGCUGGCUGUUCCUCUGCUGAACAUUCGGAAUGGGGAGAAGCGAUGGUACGCCCUGAAGGACAAGAAAAUGAGGGCGCGGGCGAAGGGGAACUAUCAGAUACUCUUGGAGAUGCUUGUCAUAUGGAACCCGCUCAAAGCAGCCAUCAGAGCAGUGAAUCCGAAAGAGCCUAAGUACAUGUACCAAGAGGCGAAGUUCAAGAGACAGCUGUUUAUAAGAAACGUCAUGAGGUUAAAGGCUAUCAUCAUGUGGUUUAUAGAAGUUGGAAAGAUUUUACAAGACUGUUUUGAAUGGGAAUCGAGGAUACGAUCGUUCCUCGGUCUUCUGAUGUGGCUGGCGUUCUGUUACUACUAUGAAAUGUGGAUGCUGCCUUUUUUAAUUCUUAUGUUCUUGGGAAGA